AGCGAGGAGCUCGGUUUCCGAGUACAGGCGACGUCAUCAAACUACAACUCCCAGAGGGCCGCCGCUCCAGCGCAUGCGCAGAAAAGCGCCCGGGCAAACUCAUGCGGAUGUGCUGCUCCAUGAAAUGGCGGCGUGAGAGAGGCUCCUUUCAACCACCGGAGUGCCGCCGUUGAUGUUUGUUUGUGUGGGAAAGCUCCCCGGCAGCGUCCCCGCGUUGCUCACACGAACACUGUCGGCUUUCUGCUCCCACAAAAGAGGCGUCUUGCUAACACGACUUGUGGGUCAGGCUGUGCUUCCGUUAAAAGUCACCGCGUGUGCGCGUGCGUGUGCGCGUCCAGCCCCGGUUCUGUUGGUUCCGUGAGCCGCAGUUGGGAUGGCCAAGCGGAUCGCUGACAAGGAGCUGACGGACAGGAACUGGGAUCAGGAGGAGGAAGGCGAGGAGGCCGGAACCUUCUCUCUGGCCAGCGAGGAUGUGCUGAAGAACCGCGCCAUCAAAAAGGCCAAGCGGCGAAACAUCGGUGCUGAGGGCGACGGGGUCGGUGCCUUCAAGGGCUUUAAAGGGUUCUCCAUGAGCGCCCCCCCGUUCUCUGCUUUUGGAUCCAAGGGCCUGGGGGGUCUGACCAACGGGAAUGGCGUCACGCCGUCUUUCGGCGGUUCGUCGUCAUCGUCACCUGCUGUGGCCACGCCCUCCACGACGGCUGGGGCGGCUUUGAAUGGCUCCGUGCCUGCCACGCCCUCUUCUGACAUCACAGGAAAGCUGUCCAAUGGCCCCGCCCCCGGCGGCGGCGGCAAGGAGUACAGCCGGCAGCUGACGGCGCUCAACUGCUCCGUGCGCGACUGGAUCACCAAGCACGUCAACGACAACCCGCUGUGCAACCUCAACCCCAUCUUCCGCGAUUACGAGCGUCACCUGGCCAGCAUCGAGCGGCAGUACGGGGCCGCCCCCUCGGAAGAGAAGAAGGCAGGCGGGACGCCGCCCACCGGCGCCGCGCCCACCGGCGCCGCACCCCCCUCUUCCUCCUCGUCCGGCGGCGGCUUGGCCGUCUCUCCUUCCUGCAAGGACAAGACGGAAGACAAAGGCGCUCCGGUCCCGCCUGGCGUCACCUUCAACUUCGGCCAGAAGGUGGACCCCGCAGCGGGGGGCUCCUUGGGGUCCAAAGCCACGCCCCCCGGCUUCUUCUCGGGACAGAGCUCCUUGUUUGGCAGCGCGUCCUUCAUCGGGUCCAAGAGCGAGGACGCCAAGUCGACAGACGACAACGCCGGCGACGAGUCCUACGAGCCGCCCAAGCCCGAAGUCAGGGAGGUCAAGGAGGACAACGCCUUCUACUCCAAGAAGUGUAAAGUCUUCUACAAGAAGGAGGCGGAGUUUAAGGAGAAGGGCGUGGGCACGCUGCACCUCAAACGCACCACGGAGGGAAAAACUCAGAUGAUCGUUCGAGCCGACACCAACCUCGGAAACAUCCUGCUCAACAUCCUGCUGCACGCCACCAUGCCGUGCUCGCGGGUGGGCAAGAACAACGUGAUGGUGGUGUGCGUGCCCAACCCCCCCGUCGACGACAACGACCCCGCCAGCCCCGUGCCGCUCCUCAUCCGCGUCAAGACGCCGGAGGACGCCGACGAGCUCCACAAGACCCUGGACCAGCAGAAAGGCUGAUGGCCCGCUUCCUGCUGCCGGCGGCCGCCAUCCGCCUGAUUGACACGUUCAUGCAUGCACGCACACACACACACACACGCACGCACACACACUCACGGUUCCAGGCGGCGGCCAUGCUGCGAAGCGCUGGGCGACAUUCCUCAGCUUUUAUCACUUUUAUUAUUUUGGCGUUAGGAACCAUUUGUUGUACAAAUGUUUCCCUCGCCAGGAGGGACAUUUUUCUCCCGUGUGGAACUUUUGUUUUGAAAGUGUCCUUGGCCCCGCCCCCACCCCCCACCCCCCCCCCCCCUGCGGGAAUAAAACGAAACCAGAGGUUUUCUGCUCUCGGACUUUACUUUCAGUGUUUGAGUAA